UUUCGUGCUCGUCGGUUAAACAUACGGAUUGGUGGUCGGUGCGGUCGCGUGCCGCUUUGUAUGCGUGUGACUUGUUCAAGGCUGAAUCUUGAGCAGCAUUGAAAGUGAGAAAAAAUAAAACAAAAAUCCCAACAAUUGUUCGACAGUCACAACCUCUUUUGUGCGAAAAAGUAGGAGAUGAUUAGCUACAGUGGUGGUAUGUGAGAGUUUCCGACCAUUAGCAAGUGGUAAAAAAAAAGUUUUGUAUUGCUCCCCCAGUGUGUAGCGGGGUAAUGUGAAAGAUUUGAGUUCAAUCAGAUCUGGUACAGAAAAAGUGAUUUCUUCUCAGUCUACCGAAAUUGAGAUCGUCAACUCCUGGAACGACAACGAAAUAUUUGAAACUUAUAGACCAAGAAGUAAUGAAGCUAAGAUGAAACUCCUGUCUCGCCUAAUGGGAUUACUGCUGCUGCUGCUGGUGGCGUUUGAUGCAGUGUCAUAUACAAAUGCAUUCAUCGUACCAGAAGAGCUACCCUCAAUUCUGUCGCUAGUUUACUCCAACAUCCCACCGAUCAGGAAAGGAACGGACUCUCGCGUGGGAUUCGGCUUCCGACUGGGCGACCAUGCCGAUUUUCAAGUACAGUUUGAAAUCGGACCACAACAAAGAACUAGGCCAAUAGGUACGAAUUCCGGCAGUAGCAAACGUAACGUGGAAUCCGACGAUUAUCAACCAUUGAAGCUGCAGGCAGGUUCAUCGAAUCUCAUGGCCGGAAAAUCCUGGCUCGAGACAUGGUCCAAGGAGACUAAACAGAAGCAACAGUUCAAUAAGGACAAACACCGGGAUGCGACCAAGACGCCCGAGAUGCCGGAAUCCCCGAUGAUAGCGGAAUCGGCUUACAAUCAGCUACAGCAGCUGUUCGGGAUGAACAAACCGAAGGAAGAGGAUACGAUAGGAACGAUUCCUGGUGCGGACCUGGAAGCUGCCUUAAAGCACAUCCCCUUUAAACCGAUACCUACCAGUGACACCGACAUCAACGAGGUGGAUCCGAAGGUGCAUAACGAAGUUACAUUCAAGCCACUGCCAGUGGAAACCAAAGGCAAAUCAAAAGUGGACUCAGUAAUGCGACGGGCGGUGCGCAAACGAACGAGUCCUAGCGCAAAGGACAAAAUAUCGGCAGAUUUAUCAGAUGUCUCACUGGACUGAGUAUUCUGGGACGAAUGUGACAACACCGUUCUAGGGGUGAAUGGGAUGGUGUGAAAUAUCGGGGCGAAUGGUCCAGUUUACUUUGAGGAGGACAUUGAAAAUAGGGAACAGUUAAUUUGUAAAUAUUGGUGUUUAGGAUGUGAUAUUGACUAUUUAUUUUUCUAAGAGGACAGACAGACAAGUCAGAAAGCGGACUAUUUAUUUGAGUUAAGGUUAUACCAAUAAAGACAUGGUGCAAUAAAAUAUCGAACUAAC